AUGACUUUCCUAACUACUUUCUUCGUCCCUAUCCUACUAGCACUCACCCACCACGCAACUGCCUUCCCCACCGAAACUCACGAACUCAUCCCCGGCUCGGGUCUCCCCAGCCUCGCAUCUCUAAACCUGACCACAUCCGACAUCGUCAAUCUACCUCUGCCCAUCAUCAUACCCACAGGACCCCGAAAAGAUCCCCAAUGCGGACCUGAAGACGCAUACACGAACGUCGAUAGUCUCAUCACUUGCUACAAGUAUAUACAUAGACUGGGUACUGAGUUUUGCGAGUUCAGGCUUCAUGAAGUGAAGACGCUGUGUCGCAUUGGGGGUGUUGGCGUUGUUGGGAUAGGGAUUGGGAAGGAGGUUGAGAGGAGUUAUUGUUCAGAUGUUGCGUUGGGACUUCUUACUGUUAUCGAUGGCUGUACAAGACCCAACCAGAGUGCUGCAGGCUUUGCUGCUGCGAAUGGGAAUGGGAAUAUCAUAGUUGGGGGGACAAGGGUAGAUUAUAUUAUCCAUAUUUAG